AAAUCCUCACCGUUCAUUCUCAUCCCCACUUCUUUAACUCCAAUCCUCAGUGUCCAGCAAUAACUCUCUUUCUCUCUCUCUCUCUACACUCGCCGGAAGCAAUGGCGGCUCUGCAACAAACUCCGAUCACAUUCCAAUACAGCUCACGAGUCACCGCCAAACUCCACCCUCAGAAUCCUCUGAAACUCUCCUUCUCCGGCAGCUCCUCCUUCCUCAAACUCCCGAAACUCACCGUCAAAAUCACCGGAAAACGCCGCGGCGGAGCCAGGAUGGCCGACAGCGCCGCCGGAAGCUACGCCCAAGCCCUCGCCGACGUCGCCAAGUCCAACCAAACCCUAGAAUCUACCGCCGCCGACCUGGAGAAGGUCGAGAAGCUCUUCUCGGAGCCCGCCGUCAAAGAAUACUUCAUCAAUCCAACCAUCUCCAUCGAGAAGAAGCGCGAACUCCUCGACGAGUUCGCAGGCUCCUCCAAACUCCAACCUCACGUUGUGAAUUUCUUGAACAUCCUCGUCGACAUGAAGCGGAUCGAUCUGAUAAAGGAAAUCCUGAAAGAUUUCUGGGUUGUGUACAACAAAUUGACCGAUACGGAGGUGGCGAUCGUGACGUCGGUGGUGAAAUUGGACUCGCAGCACUUGGCGCAGAUCGCGAAGGGAGUGCAGAGACUGACCGGAGCGAAGAACGUGAGGAUCAAGACGGUGAUCGAUCCGUCGCUUGUGGCGGGGUUCACGAUCAGGUAUGGAAGUUCCGCAUCGAAAUUGAUCGACAUGAGUGUGAAGAAACAGCUGGAAGAGAUCACUGCUCAGCUCGAUUUGGGAGAUAUUCAACUCGCUGUGUGAGUUCAAGUGUGUGUUUGAUCGUUUUGAUUUUGUUUUUGUUUCGUGAUGUAAGUUUGUAAGAGGUCAUUACUGUAAUUGGAAAUGAUAUUAAAGUUUGGGUGUAAACUGUAAUUUACCCUAAACUUUAAUGCAACAUUUUGUAUCACCAACUGCUCAUGCAUAUAGUGUUGAUGACUUGAUUCUUCCAAUAAAUUUGUUUUUAUUUGUA